UUUGUGCGGGUGAGUCGCCGCGUACGCAUCCUCAGCGCAGUCAGUGUGCCGGUAGUCCGGUAGUCGCACAACACCGGGCAUACACAACAGUCUUCUCGCCGCCGCGGCGCGCAUCGCACACACACGAUCGACCCGGCAACAACACACAUAUUUAAUAUCAUCAAACCUGAAGGCACACACAACACGCGUCGAAGAGCAGCACACACACGACGGUGUGUGUGUGUGGUGUCCCGACCACGGGCGAACGGUUUUUAUGUAACGAAAUCAUUUUUAUAUUUCGCCGCGCCGCGCCGGAACACCAAAAAGUUGUGGUGUUAAACGAGAGUGUGCGUCGUGUGGUGUGUGUGUGAUUGUGUUGUUGUUGUUUUUCUUCUGUGUGAUGUCUUCUGCUGCGCCUGCUGCCGCUGUUGCAGCACACUGGAGGAGAGGACAUAAUCCGUCGUCGUCGUCGUCCGCGUAGGUUGUGUUGGUUUGGUGUGCUACGGCGCCAGACUCUACUCGCCAGACUCUUGCUUUGCUCGCUCGCUUGGAUUAUAUUAUUUUUUUUGGGUUUCGGCGGUGGUUGUGCGCCACCCCGAAUGUGUGUGCAACGUGAGUGCCUUAUCCUGCGGCUGCUGGUGGGACGCGCUGCUGUCGCCUGCUGCUGGGGAAGAUGUUUCACCGCGUAGUCGCGUCUUGCAACGAUCAUUCAAGACUGACACUGCAUUUGCCUUCGAUACAAUGUUUCUAAAAACCAUACAAUUGGCGCACGUGAUGUGUGCAGCAUGGGGCUGGGGGCGGCGUCCGCCCGCCGCGACACCGCGGCCCCCAUCGCUACGCCUGCCUUUGAUCAUCCGGUGCCUGGCGCAGCUCUUCGUCACGUGCUUUCAUCGUUUCUAGCCAAGGUUCUCAGGGAGAAGACGAACGCAUGGAUUGUUUCAUCACAAGUCACCGCCUUGGACAAUAUUAGCCUUAGUUGUAGUCACUUCGUCAUUAUUUAGUAUAGUCGAUGCGUGUUCGUCCCGCACAACGCCGAAACCACGGCCGCCGACGUCGCGACCGAACGUCACAUUCCACACAUACGAAUGCCCUCCGGACUACGCGGCGUGGUAUUGCCUCAAUGGGGCGACAUGUUUCACGGUGAAAAUAGGUCCUUCUUUGCUAUACAAUUGCGAAUGUUCUCCUGGUUACAUGGGCGUUCGAUGUGAAUACAAGGACUUGGAUCGAUCGUAUUUACAAGCGAAGCGAGAUUACAUGCUAUCGCAGGCGAGCAUAGCCGGCGGAGCGACGAUAGCCGUGUUCCUCGUGGUGAUCGUGUGCGCGAUGACCUACCUCCGCUACAAGCGACGCGCUAAACUCUCCAGCAUGAGUAAGGACUGCGUGGACAGCGGCUAUCCGCCGGUGCGGCCCACGUUCGGCGUCAAAUGGAAGACGACGGCGGCGACGGCGCCCAACUCGGAUCUGCCGAUCGCCGUCGUGUUGCAACACCAGCGCCACCUACAGCAUCCGACGACGAUGACGACCGCGUCCGAGAAGCGCCUCAUCCCAUGACCUACGUAGUUGGAUAUUCACGUGAAAUAAACAAAUUCGGUUGUAGAACACGGUGCGCGAGAUAUUUCGAUAUUUACACAAGAUGGCCGCCGCCCUCUGACGGCUGACUGAAGAAAUUUAAACAAAGCCUUGACCAAAAAAAAAAAAAAUGCGACGAGCGACUGCGCGUGGACGAGAACUGAACUAGUGCAGUUUAUCCAGUUAAAAAUUGUGUGCGAGCUAGUGCGCAUGCGCGUAUGUAUGCAUUACGUGCAGCGCGCACGAUGGACAUGACGACGAUGAUGACAAAAGAAAUGAUUAUUGAUUUGUAUAAAGUAAUUAUUUAUACGCGGAAGCAUUUGUUAUAUAGAUUUAUAUAUACAGCUUUUUUUCUCUUAACCUCUCUCGCCGCGAACGAUCCGGUUACAAUCAAUAAUGAUGAUUUAACAAUGAUUAUAUUAACACUUGUUUAUUUAUUUUAUUUUUUAAAUAAUGUGCAUACAUGUCGAAUGAUGAUGAUGAUGAUGAUAUAGGUUUAGUCGAAUCUAUUCAAUGUAUUAUUGCUGUAUGUCGAUAAAAAAGCGAACAAAAACGAAUGCCAUCCAGAGACGGACUAAACGUAAAUAAUACGCACCCGCUUUGGUUUUCGAAUGCAUAGCGGGCACAACAUUCCUAUGUUAAUAUUAGGUCAAUAUGUAAAACUAGGCGUGAUGCAAAUGUUGACAUGCGCAGAAGAAUCACGACUAAUUAAUUGAUGAAUAUUGCAUCAAUUAAUUAGCACACGUGGCUGGGAAACACGGAUAGUUUUUGUCUUUUUUCUUUUUUGUAUAAAUGUAGAAACCAACAAUAAUUCGCGAGAUGGAUAACGACAAGACGAUGAUGACAAGAUGGACGACGACGAGCAAAAUUCUUUUUUUGCAUGCAAGCGAAACAAUAUUAUAAUAUUAAGUAAUUUAAUAAUUUAUAAGCACUUGGUUCCUAACAAUAUUAAUUGUAUAAUUAUUUUAUGUUGUAAUUUUUAAUCUUGUAAAGUUAUUAUUUUGAUUUUGACACACAACACAAGAGAAACAACUCGAACAACAAGAUGGCCGCUGCUGAAACCAAAGUUUUCUUUCCUCUGCGAGACAUUUUACACCAACACACACACACACAGAACACACUUACACACAUGAUGAUGUACAUCUUUGGGACGCCCGAAUUUAAGCUGUAUUAUUUUAAUUCACUAUGUUUAUAUAAAAAAGAAAACAAAGAUAAUAUGAUGAUACAAGAAAUGAAAAUAAAAAUAUGUUAGAAUUUAACGAAUGAGAAGAAAAAGCGAACCACGACGGACACACGCAUAAACCUGCCUUUGAAUACAUAGAAAUAACUAGUACACUGAGUAAUAUUUUUGUAAAUAUUUAACUUAUUGUAUAUAAUAAGUGAGAAAAUAGACGAUAAACGUCG